CCCCAGAGGGACUCCUGUCCAUGCUGGACGAGGACAACCACAGCCUCCAGCUGAUGUGCCUCACCCAGCUGAGCCAGAUCGUCGACGUCAACUGGGUCGAGAUGUCGGAGUCCAUUUCCAAGAUCGAGCAGCUCUUCGAGGACCAGGCCUUCCCCGACCGCGAGCUCGCCGCUCUGGUCCUCUCCAAGCUGUACUACCACCUGGGCGAGUCGAGCGACUCUCUCUUCUUCGCCAUCAAGGCCGGCUCCAAGCUGGACUUCACCAAGCGCGAUGGCUACACCACCUCCAUCCUCAUCUCCGCCAUCGACACCUACAUCCAGCUGCGCCCGGAGGCCGCUGAUCGCGAGGCCACCGGCCAGGACCCCGAGGCUCCGCGCUUCUUCCCGGCGCAGGUCGACGCCGCCGGCAUGUAUGCCCUGUCCUUCGAGGACCUGGAGCCCACCAUGAACCGCAUCUUCGCCGACAGCAUCCGCCUGGGCCGCUACGCCGAGGUCAUCGGCGUUGCCCUGGAGUCCAACCGCACGGACAUCAUCCAGCAGGCCCUGGCCGCCGACCCGGCCCAGACGCUGGAGCUGGCGCGCUACGCCUUCCGGAGCUGCUCGCAUCAGAGCGGCGCCGGGCGCGCCCUGCGCCACACGGUCUACGGGCUGAUCCGCGACGCGCUGCUGGCCCUCCCCCAGCCGGACUACGAGCUGGUCUUCGCCUGCCUGGUGCGCCUCGGCGACCGGCGCAACGCCCUGGACCUGCUUACCGGGCUGCUGGGCGCCGACCGGCCCGACGUGCCGGCCAUCCUGCAGCUCUGCUUCGACCUCUAUGACAGCGCCCCGCAGGACCUCCUCGGGUACCUGGUGGCCGGCAUCUCCAGGCACUUUGCCCUCGAGGACAAGCCGCUGGUCACCUACUGCACUAGCAUGAAGACCGCCCAGGCCGACGACGGCACCCACAUCCCGGCCCCCUUCGAGUUUGCCUCGCUCCCGCUGCCGGCCAAGGCCCGGCUCAUCCUGUCCGGCAUGUGCACCAACCGCCUGAACCAGGCGUUCCUGCUGCACCGGUGCAACAUGGACCGCGCGGCCCUGGACAAGACCCGCGAGAAGAUGGAGCAGCGCCCGAAGGCCCUGCUGACGGCCGUCAUCAUGUCCCAUGCCAUUGCCGCGGCCGGCACCGCCCGCCAGGGGUUCCUCAUCCGCAACCGGUUCUGGGUGGAUGGGGUCAUCAACUGGAACCGCUUCUCGGCGGUGGCCUCGCAUGGUGUCCUCCACCGGGGCCGGCUGGACCAGGCCUUCCAGCUGCUGUCCCGGUGGCUGCCCUUCCCCAAUGGCGGUCCCGGGCCCUCCUCCUCGGGCGGCAGCGGUGGCCGCGCCUCCAACAAGGUCCCGGAGCACGCCGAGGGCGGUGCCCUGUAUGCGCUGGGUCUGAUCCAUACCAACCUCGGCCAGCCGGUGGUCGGGUACCUGCACGAGGCCUUCAUGAAUGCCGGCGAGUCGGAGCCCAUCCUCCACGGCGCGGCCCUGGGCCUCGGCAUUGCGGCCAUGGGGUCGAAGGAUGCCAACCUUGCUAGCACCCUCAUGGACCACCUCUACACCAACCAGGCGGUCUCAGGCGAGGCCGCCGCCCUGGCCCUGGGCAUGAUCAUGCUGGGCUCCGGCGACCGGGAGAUGGUCACCGACCUGCUCGACGUCGCCCGCGACACCCAGCACGAGAAGAUCAUCCGCGGCACCAUGCUCGCCGUGGCCAUGAUCAUGCACGAGACCGAGCAGGAGGCCGACAGCCUGGUGGACGAGCUCCUGGCCGACAAGGACCCCCUCAUGCGGUAUGGCGCGGUGCACACCAUCGCCAUGGCGUACAUCGGCACCGGCAACACCUGGGCCAUCCAGCGCCUCCUGCACACGGCCGUCAGCGAUGUCAAUGAUGAUGUCCGCCGGUCGGCCGCCUCGUCGCUGGGGUUCCUGCUCUUCCGCGAUCCGGAGUCCUGCCCGCGCCUGGUGCAGCUCCUGUCCGACUCGUACAACCCCCACGUGCGCUACGGCACGGCCAUGGCCCUGGGCAUGGCCUGUGCCGGGACCGGCAGCUCGGCCGCCAGCAAGAUCCUGGACAAGCUGGCCGCCGACCCGGUGGACCUGGUCCGCCAGGCGGCCGUCAUCGGCCAUGCCAUGGUCAUGCAGCAGCAGCCGGAGUCCCGCGCCGGCCCGGUCCGCACCCACAUCGCCAACUGCAUCAGCGAGCGCCAUGAGGCCUAUCUGGCUCGCUUUGGCGCGGUCAUCGCCCAGGGCAUCCUGGAGGCCGGCGGCCGGAAUGUGGUCAUCUCCCUGGCCUCCAGCAGUGUCGGCGGGUCGGUCCGCCCGGCGGCCUCGGUCGGCCUGCUGCUGUUCAGCCAGUUCUGGUUCUGGUAUCCCCUGAUCAACAUGCUGUCCAUGGCCUUUGUCCCGACCGGGGUCAUCCUGGCGGAUGAGGAGCUGCGCAUCCCCACCAUCACCCUGAACGUCCGCGCCCGGCCCAGCCAGCUGGCCUACCCGGUCCAGGCCAAGGAGGAGGAGGUCAAGACCCAGACCAAGGUGGCCACGGCCGUCCUGUCGACCACGCACCGGGCCAAGGCCCGCGCCACGCUGGCCGAGAAGGCCCGCUCGGCCGCCGCCUCCCAGGCCGCCAGCAUGGCCCCCAGUCGCCAGAUCAGCCCCAGCUCCAGCUCCGGCAACCUGGCCGCCAUGGCGGCCGGCACCUCGGCCGCCGGCGCCGGCGCCCCGGCCAAGAUGGACGUCGACGUGGUCAACCCGGCCGGCGGCCAGAAGAAGGUCAAGUUCGAGGAGGCCGAGCCGACGCCGGCCGCCGUGGCGGCGCCGGCCACCCCGGAGGAGCCCACCUCCACCACCAUCACCAACCCGGCGCGCGUGCCGCCGGCCCUGGUCCGGCAUGUGUCCCUGUCGCCGGCGGCCGGCUCCCGCUUCGAGGUGGCCGCCAAGGCCCCGGGGCAGCUGACCGGCAUUGUGAUCGUGCGCGAGCGCGCCGGCGCCGCCGCCGGUAAGGAGGACGUCACCUACCUGAAGCCCAGCAAUAUGCUGAGCAACCCGGCCCCCCCGAGCGCGGCUUCGGUGCAGGAGCUCCGGGCCUUUGUCCGGCAGCUGCCGGGCGGCCCGGCCGAUGCGCUGGUCGGCGACCAGCUCCUGGCCGGCAGCGGGGUCGGUGGCUUCGGCCUCGGCGGGCUUGGCGGUCGCCUGGGCGGCCGCGGCGGUGGCGGUCGCCAGUCCCUCAUCGAUGAGAACUUCCUGCAGGCGGCCCUCUUCGAUGCGGUCAACUCCGUCACCCAGCAGCAUGCCCAGCGGCAGGCGGCUCGCUCGGCCGGCAGCGAGGCCGAGGUGUCCUCCUCCGGGGACUCCUUCGAGCGCAUUGACAUGCCGGCCGACGAGGACGACCAGGAGCCGGAGGAGGAGGCCACCGACGCCGGCGCCGGGGAUGACAUGCCCGACACCGACGACCCGUCUGGCGCCGACCAGACCAAUGCCCCGGGCGCGCCGCCGAAGCGCGAGGGCACCGACGACUCCUCGGCCCCGGACGCGUGAGCGCGCCGCACCGCCAGGGCAAAAGCAGCAGGCGGCGGGGAGACCCGGAGAUCGGCCCCUGAGCGAGGAAGCGCGAGAGGCAGCGAGAGGGAGAGAGCGCGGGGGGGGGCGUACGCUCGGCCGGCGAGCCAGGCUCGCGUGCCCGCACAAACACACACCCGGGCCCGAGAGCUCAGCCCGGGGCUGCAUCCUGCCAUGUUUGGAAGAGCCCGCGCGAGGAGCGGGGGGCCGGGCAGCCACACCGAGAAGGGCCCCCAUGUCCGGCGGCACCCGUGCGUACAUGGGGCCGGCAGCGAGCUGUCGCGCGCACGUGUCGGCACCCCUGCCAUCCCCGCCCGCCCCCGCUCCUCGCUCUUCCCCUCCUGGCUUCCCCCUGGCGGCAUACCCUCGCAUGUGCGCCCCGGCGAAGACCAGGCCCCCCCCCCCCCCCCGGGGG